AUGGGCUCAUUUGGUUAUAAUAAUAAUUCAAUAGAAGGAGAUCUAUAUGUACAAAGAUUAUCAUCAUAUAUUAAAAAAAACGAAGAAUCUUUAGCUAAUGGAUUAUUAUGUUUUAGUAAAAAUAAAGUUGCAAUUCAUAAAAUUAAACCAUUAAGAUUAACUUUUACAAUUCAUCAUUUAUAUUAUUUAACUGAAAGAAUUGAAUCAUCGAAUUUAGGUAUUGAUGUGGGGCCAUUAAAUAUAAAAUUAGAUAAUCCAAAUCAUGAACCAACUUUUAUAUCAUUUAUGGCAAAUAAUGCAAGAUCUUCAAGAAUUAUUGAAUCAGAUUCAAUUUCUUUAAAAUCUAUAAAAAGUAUAAAUUCAAUGGUAUCUAUAUGGAGUAAAAAUUUUAGUAAUAUUAAAAGAGAACCCAAACUUAUCAAAAAGGAUUUAAAAUAUUUAUAUUCAAGUUUUACAAAAAUUCCAUGUUUAAUUUUAACUCCAAAAACUAAAAUAAAUAGUAUACAAUCGUAUGAAGAAUAUCCUUGUGAUACUUCAGUUCCAAUAAAAAUUUUUAAAAAUUUACAAGUUUUGGAAAUUAUUGAAUAUGAACCAAAUGAAAUUUUUGGUUGGAAUUUAUUAAGUGAUCAAUUAAGAAUUUUAAUUAUAAGAAAAAGCAAGAUAAAUGACAUGUCUGAAAUAAUUUAUGAUUUAGUUGUUGAUGAUGAAAAUGGAAGAUCAAGUUUUAAUUCUAACACUAGAAAACAACAACAAUUUGAUGAAUCUACUUUAACUCAUGAUUCAAAUGAUAUAUUUAGAAAUAAAAGAGAACGUGGAAAUACAAAUGCAUCCAAUGGAGCUGGCUCUAUUGAGAAACAACAACUGAAUGAAAAUUCUUCAUCUUCAGAAGCAAAAUGGUCUGUACUUAAACAAUUAACCAUUUCUGAAACUUCAAUUACUCAUGUCACAAAAAAUGUAUUAAAACCUUUACAUAAUUUAGUUAAAUUAAAUUUAUCAAAUAAUUUAUUACAAAAUUUACCAGAAGGUUUGGAUCAAUUAGUAAAUAUAAAAUAUUUAAAUUUCUCAGAUAAUUAUAUUACUGAUUUAAAAAAUUUACCAUCAAAUUUAAAACAUCUUUUAACUUUAAAUUUAAAUAAUAAUAAAAUUAUAAAUUUAAAUGGCCUUGAAAAAUUAAUAUCAUUAGAAAAAAUAGAUUUAAGAAGAAAUCAAAUUACUGAAUUAUCAGAUUGUAAAUCUUUAGUUUUAUUAUAUCAAAAUGUUAAAAAUUUUGAUAAUGUUUAUAUAUCUCAAAAUUCAUUACCAAAAAAUUAUAGAGUUGAUUUAUUUAAUUUAUUUAAUGGUGUUAAAUAUAAAAAUAAUAAUAUAAAAAUUGAUGAUUCAAAACCAGGAUAUUUUGAAAAAGCUAUGUUAUUAGAUCAAGAAUCAGCUUUAAAAAAUUUAAAUCAAUUUUUAGGUGCUGAAAUAGUUGAUGAUAAUACAAAAUUAAAAUUACAAUUACAAGAAAUUCAACAAAAAUUUAGUAAUUCUAAUGAUAAAGAUAAAGAUGAUGAGACCAUUGCAACUUUAAACACUUUAGUACCAAGUUCUCCAAAAAUAAAUGAGCUUGACAACGGUAUUAAAGAUUUAAAAAUCGAUACUUCAAAACCGCCAACAUCACCUUCUCCUAGUGUUGUUCCAAAUAGAUCAAUAACAACAAAUUCUGCAUCAACUUCAGUUCAAACAUCUCCUCAACAACAACAACAACCAAAUAAUAGGAAACUUAAAAACUUAUCUCAUACAGCAUUACAAUAUUUAUCUCAACCUAGUUCUCCUUUACAUAAUAAUCAAAAUAUGUUAAAUAAAAUAAUAGAAACAUCACCAUAUUCAACAACAACUAGUAUACAUGAUAAUAAUAGUAAGAAUACUAUCAUAACAACGACAACUACAUCACCAAAAAUUACAUCAUCUCCAUCUCAUCAUUUAACUAAUAAAAUGCUUCAUUUAAAUUCUUCAAAUUCAUCAAUUCCAUCAUCUUUAAAAUCAAUGAAGAAAUCAACAUCCACUUUUAUUGAUUUAGAAAAAGAUAACACUAAUGAUACUAAUUCAAAUCCAAAUAAUUCAAAUUCUUUAGCUGCUCCAAAUAUUGUUACUCCUUUACAAGUAACUGCAAGAAUGAGUACUUGA